UGACGUACUGCGCAUGCGUUGGAGAGGGGGCGGGUUUGUUUAGUGUGACUAAUGUUUUGGUUUGUGCUGAGAGACUGGGCUUGAAGAGCUAACGUCUGUUACUGCGACUAUAAACGCUGCUCAGGUCUGCUGACACUGACCUUGCACUGCCCUACGAGACGUCACAGCCAUGGGGAAUACAAGCAGUGAGCGGGCUGCAAUGGGCCAUGGGGAAAAGGCUCAGAGGAGGGACAGCCGAGUUACCAAGGAGGGAGAGAGGCCCAAAAUCCUAAUGGACAGCCCAGAGGAUGCAGACAUUUUUCAUAGUGAAGAUAUUAAAGCUCCUUUGGAGAAAGAGGAGUUCCUUGCAUGGCAGCAAGACAUAGAAGCCGAUGAUAAAGGGCCAACUUUAGACCGACCGACAGUCUUUCGCUGGACUGGCGAUGGCAAAGAAGUCUACCUGUCAGGGUCCUUCAAUAACUGGGCCAACAAGAUUCCCCUCAUCAGAAGUCAGAACACCUUUGUGGCCAUUGUCGAUCUACCUGAGGGGGAGCAUCAGUACAAGUUCUAUGUAGAUGGCCAGUGGACCCACGACCCAGCUGAGCCGGUUGUAACCAGCCAGCUUGGAACAGUCAACAAUGUCAUCCAGGUGAAAAAAACUGACUUUGAGGUAUUUGAUGCUCUGAUGGUGGACUCACAAAAAUGCUCUGACAUGUCAGACCUGUCCAGCUCUCCUCCCGGGCCGUAUCAUCAGGAUGCGUAUGUUCCAAAACAGGAAGAGAAGUUCAAGUCUCCACCUAUACUCCCACCACACCUGCUGCAAGUCAUCCUCAAUAAAGACACUGGAAUUUCUUGUGACCCAGCGUUGCUCCCAGAACCCAAUCAUGUGAUGCUCAAUCACCUCUAUGCUCUUUCCAUCAAGGAUGGAGUGAUGGUGCUCAGCGCCACGCAUCGCUACAAGAAGAAGUAUGUCACCACCCUGCUCUACAAGCCCAUCUGACUGAAGCCUUUCUUCCACUUAUAUCCUAGUGUGUUAAACCUACACUGAGUGUACAAAAUGUUAGCUCCACCUUUUUUAGGAGAACAGAACCCUAGAUCCCUGCUGUUAUGUGCUUUGUGAGAUCAUUUCAACAAUGACGUUACCUCAUCCAUCCUGCACUUUGAACCUGCAGCUCUGAGUACACUCGGCAUAUAUUCCGUUAAUGUGCACAUUUGUUUGGGGAGAUAAAUGUCACUCAGUCACUUCUCUCCUUCAUAACCUUCAUUUAAGUGCUCACUGACUGACCCCCUGUAUUCUCCACAGUGUCUUUGCUAAGUAGACAUGCAGUAAUAAUAGGAUACUACAGUAUUAGAAUAUACUAUAAGAGGACACUAUGUAAAGCCUGCAGUCAAAACAGGCAGUGAUGUAACGACAUGGGAAAGUUGGACUAAAACUCCUCACAUGUGUGAGGUUGCUGUUUUUCCCAGGAUUGAAGAUAAGAAGAAUGUGAAUGCUGAGGUGUGUAGGAAGUAAUGCACUAUGGUCCAGUAGUUCUCCACAGUCUGCUUUUGCCUAUUUAUCCUAAACAUAGUUUUAAAACUGACGUCUUAUUUAGUAAGACUGGAGUAGAUAUUUUUGUAUCACUUAUUUUAUGAAGUGUUUUUCUACAGUUCCUUGGUUUAUUUUUUCAUCCAUUGCUCUUGUUUUAGUGUUGUAACAAACAUUCCAAUCAAGUUGCCAGCAGAUCAUUAGCUAGGACUAUUUUUUUUAAUAUUUCAAGAAGAUAUAUGGUGAUAAACAUUUAUUUUUUGUAGCGUACACUUUACUAGUGUGUGGAUAUGAAGGCUAAUGGUCAACUCAUCUAUGCAGGUUUAAUGGUGUGCACCUGCUCUAGUGUCAUUUAUUUUAUUUGAUUUCAUUUUUAUACAACAGUGGAAAUGCAAUAUGUAAUUAGGUGGACUUAAAUGUUCUCCAGAGUAAAGGACCCAUGUUUAGUAGAUGCCAGUUUCUGAAGAGCACAAGACAGUGGCUGACCAGUAUCUGAUCAUGUGACAGAACUGUUACUGAUGUUAUGACUGACUUCUUUGUGCUCUUAGAGUCCAUGUAUAUUUCAAAUAUAACAGAUGUGAGCAUCCAGUUAACGCUCUGCCUUGAACCCCGCUUUUACAUCAGUUUCUCUUUGUCAGGUUAUAGUCUGUAUGUGUAUUGAGAGCAUGAUGUAACUUAUAGGCCAGUAGAGACUGACAAUCUGCUGUUGUUUCAGAAAUGACUCACUGAUAUAUUCAUGUAAAGAGACUUUACAUUCAAAUGAAUUCUGCACUAUCAUUAAAAUGUUGUGAAGCCUUUGAA